AUGCAGAUUAAGAAUAGGAAUAAGGAAGAGGAUGAGGAGAUUAAGAAUAGGAAUAAGGAAGAGGAUGAGGAGAUUAAGAAUAGGAAUAAGGAAGAGGAUGAGGAGAUUAAGAAUAGGAAUAAGGAAGAGGAUGAGGAGAUUAAGAAUAGGAAUAAGGAAGAGGAUGAGGAGAUUAAGAAUAGGAAUAAGAAAGAGGAUGAGGAGAUUAAGAAUAGGAAUAAGGAAGAGGAUGAGGAGAUUAAGAAUAGGAAGAGGUUGCCACCACAGAUAGUAGCAUGGGGAUCUCCGCAAGGCAUGCUGGAGCGAUGUGGCAUCCAGCGUGGCUGUGUGGGAUAA